AUGCCUCGAGGAUUCUUGGUGAAGAGAAACCGGAGAUGUUCGGCGUCGUACCGGUCACGAAAUAACGGUAACAGCAUUCCUGUAACAUACGACAGUGAUAAACCUGAAGGGAUUAAACCGGAGAGGGUGAAAGAGGACGGUUUGGUGAGUGUAGAACUGCUCCCGGUGUCCCGCGAGGACCCCGCCGGUGUCAGGGAGGCGUGGAGCCCGCACGUGGAGUCAGCGCUGGAGGCAGAGGCGGACCGGCGCGCGCAGUUACCGGAGACUGAGGAGCAGGUGAGCGAGGUGGACGUUUUGACUCCCGGUGGUGACUUCUCCUGCUUCUUCCCACCUCCGCCUCUUCCGCGCGACUUCACUUUAAGCCCAGUCAAACCGGUUGGCACGAGACUGCUGGAGCAGCAGGAGGAAAGAGAGAAGCAGCCCGUAUUCACCGGCAGGUGCCUGACGUCCUCUCCGGUGUCAGAGCUACCGGCAGAGUUACCGGAGCUACCAUUCCUGGUGAGCUCCACGCCGACUUCUAUCGAGAGACUCCUCGCGAGCAGCAGCCGCCACCACCACGCGCCGUCCUACGGGCACAAUGACAAAUAUGAUCAGAGUAUGGCUCACGUGCACCUGUUCCCCCCGCUGACACUGAUGAAUCAGGAGCAGCAUCACGCGGAGAGGAAAGGCUCGUUCCUGGAACCGGAUCAGCGCGUGAACAGCCACAGACACAACAAACCGGCGGCGGGAAACCCGUCCAAGAAACCCAAAGUGAACCGGAAACUGAACUUCGAGGAUGAGGUCACGACCUCGCCAGUUUUAGGUCUGCGGAUCAAGAAGGAGAGUCCCGAGCUGAGGAGGCACCGGGAGAAAUCGUCUGGUCUUAACGGGAACCCGCCGCUUGGAGAGUUCAUCUGCCAGCUGUGUAAAGAGGAGUACCCCGAUCCUUUCUCCCUCGCGCAGCACAAGUGCUCCCGCAUAGUGCGCGUGGAGUACCGGUGCCCCGAGUGCGACAAAGUUUUCAGCUGUCCCGCCAACCUGGCCUCCCACCGGCGCUGGCACAAACCGCGUCCGGUCACCAACCGAGGAGGAGAGACACCGACUAACAAGAGCCAGCCGUUAAAACAGGCACGAGGGCCCAUACAGCACGAGAGGCAACCGGUUGAUUUGGAGGGAAAGGAGAACGAGCUGCUGCGCAUCAACACGAAUCAGCACCAAGAGGUGCAGGACAGCUCCCGCGUCAGGCGCGAGCCCUCUCUGCUGUUGCUGCACGCUAGGUCUCGAGACAGCCCCGACAGCGACAGCCUCGCGCCUCCUCACUAUGAUUCCUCGUGUCAUUACCGUAGCCCGGUAGAGAGCUGCCUGGACCUGCAGCAGCACGUGAGAGCAGCGGACAGUCCAGCCUCGAGCCUCCUUCUAUCUAACCCAGAGGAGCGUGCGGACCUGCCUCAGCAGCAGCCGCACGCUCCUCUACCGUUUAUGCAGUCGUUACCGGAGGAGGACGUGUACGAGUGCCGGUACUGCGGGAAGAAGUUCCGCCGUCAGGCUUACCUGAAGAAACACCUGGCCGCACACGAGAUGACAGCGCGAGCCUCUCCUCCACUUUCAGCUUACGGACAAGCGCGCGAGAGCAGCGGCGGACAGAACCAGGUGUUUCUGUGUCACCUGUGCGGCGCGCGCUUCCCGUCGGUUGAAAUCAGGGACAAGCACCGUCUGUGGCACGCGAUGAGGGACGAGUUACUGGCGGGAACACUGGGAGGAGGACUCAGACCGGACAUGUUCCACGUGCACAGAGAAGAGAGCGGCAUCGGGGAGCGCGAGCAGCAGCAGCAGCAACAGCAGCAGCAGAUCUUCACGUGCAAGCACUGUCCGUCGACAUUCUUCAGCUCCCCGGGGCUCACGAGACACAUCAACAAGUCUCACCCUACCGAGAACCGGCAGGUGAUGCUACUGCAGAUGUCCGUGAGACCCUAA